AUGCAGAAAUCUCUUCCUUCAGGAAGGGCCUGCUUCCAUAGGAAGACCCUGUUCGGCAAUGAAACUGGGCUGCGGACCGCCCCCCGACUGCGCUUGCCAAAGCGAGGGCGCCAACUGAGGGCUGAAGCUUCGCAGGCAGUGACAGCUAUCCAAGAACAGGAGGUAUUGGGCGCCCUUGAAAAGAUCAUCGACCCUGAUUUCAAUGCCAACAUCGUUGAAUGUGGCUUUGUCAAAGACCUCACCAUCGACAGUGCCUCUGGGAAAGUGGCUUUUCGCCUUGAGCUCACGACUCCGGCCUGCCCAAUAAAAGGGGAAUUUGAGCGCCAAGCGCGCGAGUUUGUUGGUGACCUUGAGUGGGUACAGGAUGUUGAUGUCACGAUGGAUGCUCAGCCACCACAACCACUCGGUCCAGAGGGGGAAAGGCCAGGUGGUUUGAAGAAGGUGAAAAACGUUAUUGCUGUGUACAGCUGCAAAGGAGGUGUUGGGAAAUCCAUGGUUGCAGUGAACCUGGCAUACACACUUGCACAGAUGGGUGCAAAGGUAGGUAUAUUUGAUGCAGACAUUUAUGGCCCGAGCUUGCCUACGAUGGUCAAUCCGGAACUACGAGUCCUGGAAAUGGACGAGGAGACGCGGGCAAUCAAACCAACCAUAUAUGAGGGUGUCAAACUUGUCUCUUUCGGAUUCGCUGCCCAAGGAAGUGCUAUUAUGAGAGGUCCCAUGGUCUCUGGGGUUGUGCAGCAACUUCUUGUGGACUCGGACUGGGGGGAACUGGACUACCUUGUGAUUGACUUCCCACCUGGCACAGGCGAUGUCCAGCUGACUCUGUGCCAGACAGUCGCAUUGUCUGCUGCUGUCGUGGUGACCACGCCGCAGAAAUUGGCUUUCAUCGAUGUGGCCAAAGGGAUCCGCAUGUUUGCUCGUUUGAUGGUUCCCUGUGUAGCCGUUGUGGAGAACAUGUCCUACUUUGAGGCUGAUGGAAAGCGGCAUUUCCCAUUUGGAAAGGGCUCUGGGGAACGCAUUGUCCAAGACUUUGGGCUUAACAACCUCUUCAAAUUUCCUAUUGUGCCAGACCUUUCCCUGGCAAGCGAUGAUGGGCGACCACUCGUAGUUGACAACCCAAUGGGUGAUGUGUCCCGGGCCUUUACCGAACUUGGUGCUGCUGUUGUCCGUGAGAUCUCCAAGCUCCAGAAGGCGCCCAAAAACACUGUGAGAUAUGACAAGGAUCUGAAAGCGUUUGUUGUCCGGCUUCCGGGUGACAUCGACAAAGAAUUUCUGCUGGACCCUGCGGUUGUCAGGCGAAAUGACACAUCGGCUUCCAGCAUCAAUGAAUGGACAGGGGAGAAGACACUCCGAGACAGUGAUAUUCCGGAUGACAUUGCUCCAGAGUCGGUGAAUCCGUUGGGUAACUACGCUGUGCAGAUCCUGUGGCAAGACAAUUUCAACCAGGUCGCCGCCUAUGACCUUCUUGCUGAAUUGGAACGUUUGGAUCCUGAGAAGCGCCGAGCCGAAGUAGCUGAUUCACCACAGCAGCAAGAAGGGGAGCUGACCAACGCACAGAGGAUUGUUGAAACUGCAAACACUACAGGCCGACAAUGA